AUGUGUCCAUUCCCAAUGUUCAAGGACAAGCCUCUUCGAUUCGAGAUACAUCAUUUACAAUUUAAAUCCGACAGCAUAACGAGACGGCUGAGCAUUGAUGGGCCACAUCCGGGUAAUUGGUUCGCCGUGGCGUUCAUCAGCUGGACCGAUCCAAACAACGAACGCAUCGAGCAGCAAGGUUUGGCCCCGUCCUGUGAGACACUGCUGAUGUCCGAGAUGGCCGUGACCCGCAUUACGCCCGCAAUUCUAAACACACAGGGCUCGCACAGAGGUGUGCUCGGUACCAACCAGACUGAGCCGAACAGUUACAAGUUUUUCGUGCCCAGCGGGGUUGCGGUGGUGACCUGGAGCCUGCAGAUCACCAAACCUUGCAACGAUUGCAGCGAUGUGAGCUUCUUCGUACAGACGCACUCGUUGCCUACGCACAAGGACUACCUGCAGAAUGCGAUCAUCUGUCCGAACCAGACGGGCGAUAUUAGCAUUGAUUUCUAUCCCCAGGAAAGCGCCUGGCAUUACGUGGAUUUGGACUUUUUGGGAGAAGAGGACAGUCAUUCGAACCGAUCGAGCAAUGAGACCGCCAGACGGGAGGCGAAGUUCCAGGAGCUGGAAUAUGUGAUAGGGAUGGAUUUUAUUUCCACACAGGAGGAACCACUACCCGAAGAUGGGGACGACGACAAACAUGACACGGUGAAGGCAUCCGUUGAAAAGACUAUCCAAAGGAGGAUGUUCGAUCAGCACCCGCUACUGCGACAAACCUAUCGGGAGUUCUUUAUGUUUGACUACGACCUACUACCGGAUAUCAACGGGACGGUACCUUUGACUUUGAACCUGAGCGCCGGGAAUCCGGCGCUACUUGCUUUCGAUGUUAACGAUGUCUACGACAUCGGUGGAACGCUGAGUUUCGCUGUCGCUAUGCGACAGGACAUGAAGGGUGCCCUUAUCGACGCUCAUCAGGCAAACAGCAACGAUCACGUCGGGGUAGUGGCCGAGAAGUUGAUCGACGUUCAAGAGGACUUCGUGGAGGAAACGACCACGACUACUAGCACAACGGCAACACCGGCUACCGGUUCCAAAGAGGUGAACCGUAGCAACCAAACAGUUAUCGUGUGCAUGCACCUCGGAGAACCCGGAGUUCCGACCUGGCCUGACAAAUGCACCUACGGAAGACAUAUUUUCCCGGCGGCGAUUAUCGUUAACAAUUCGGAUUCGGACACCAGCACCGGUUUGGUUCAUGUUCCCUUUCCAGAGCCCGGAAAGUGGUACGUCACGUUGGGCAUCUUCUGUCACGGGACCGAAACGGCAGCGAAAGUUACCAUCAUCGACAGCGUAAAGGACUUCAUCAAGAAGUAUCGGGAAAUACUGUUCGAUAUGAAACAACCGUGCGCAUGCUCGGAGUCUGCCGCAUACUACCGGCGAUGUCUGGCCGACGACGCGUGUCUAUCGUCGUUGAACGAAACGGAGACACUCAAAAUUAAGGAGUGCAUAAUGGACGUGAAAUGUACGGAGCAUUUCGACGAUAUGGCGAAGAAAUUUGAAAUUCACCAUAAAUACACCACGGAGCAGAGUGCAGCCGUCGAUGGAACGUGCAACGGUAGCGUAGUGUUCACGAUAUCUUCGAGUCCGUGUGUGGCCGGAAGGUGUGGGCGAUUUGGGCGCUGCUACCACUACAUGUCCGGGGGAUUCGUAUUCUCGACGUGUCUCUGCUUGAGAAGCUACCGGGGCUGGGAUUGUACCGAAGAUUCGCAGGUUCCAUCCAGCGCUUCGGUUCUGCUUGCCUCGCUAAUGUUAAUCCUCUCCAAUCUACUGUUCCUGCCGAGCAUUUUCUUCGCUAUUAAACGCGGUUACUACACGGAGUCGAUCAUAUAUUUCUUCGCAAUGUUCUUCUCAACGUUUUACCAUGCGUGCGACUCGGGUGAGGAAGAGUUCAGCUUCUGUCUUGUUAAAAUCGGGGUUCUACAAUUCUGUGAUUUCUACUGUGGUCUGCUAGCGAUCUGGGUAACACUGAUAGCGAUGUCCAACGUGAGACACCAGUUCGUCUCGCUACUGCACAUGCUCGGAGCGAUCCUCCUCGCAUUUGGCACCGAGCUAAACAAACAGUCCCUCUGGGUAUUCCUGGCCCCAGCUUUGACAGGUCUCUGUCUCAUCUCGAUCAGCUGGGGUAUGCGGUGUCGCAAAACGAAGAAAUGUUUCCCCUCGCGGGGGUACCUUGCCCUUUAUCUACCCAUUGGAACCGUCCUCGUGAUGGUCGGUCUCGUUUGCUACGCCUUCCUGCAAACCAAGCAAAAUUACCACAUAGUCCACUCGAUCUGGCACAUGGUAAUGGCACUGAGCAUUCUCUGCCUGCUGCCGGGGCGCAAAACGUUCCAACCAAAGUGCUAGCAUACGGUCAUGAUCUAUCUGCUGAACUCCUCCUCGCAGUCGUCGAACUCAAUGUCAACGACCACCGCGUCUGCAGGGGCGGGGGGUGCUCUGGCCACCAGCGGGGAUAUCUCCACCAUUACCGGACAGCGGGGUGACAUCAAUCCGACCAUGACCAGAAUCACCGCAUCGGCCUCGUUUGUAAAUAGCCUAACCGAUGCCACCACUAUCAGCACCAGCAACAGCAUGUCGCUGUCAUCCACGUUCUCAUCACUCGCGUCCACGGGGGCCGCGGCACCUGUACCAGCAGCAGCAUCAACAACCAACAGCAGAUAGAUUUCCGGAAGAACCGAAUGAGGGAACAACCCCCUCAAAACACUGAUUAUAGAUUUUAAGCAACACAACACGCUACUACUUUGGAGCUAACUCAUGUUAACUGUUUUUAACACAAUGUCCUGCUAACUAGGUACUAUAGGUAGGAAAAUCAGAUUCCGUUUAGCUGUAUGAGAAAUGUUUGCAUGUGUAUGUGUGUCAUCACCGUGUGGAGAACCACCGCCCCAAUGGUUGUUUAGUGUCAUCGCACUGUUUUCACUUAUUUUCACUCGGAUAGCAGAUCACAUAGUGGGCGUGUGUUCACUCGCAGAUGAAUGAUACGAAGGAAAACUUAUAAUUGAUGUGUUCUGUGGAAAUUCAGUGGAUCAGCACCUUGAAAUAUUAGUGGAGAUAGCUCGCGGCGCAAUGCGAGGGAAUGGAAGGAACUUUUGCUGUGCGACAUUUGAAAUUUCGAUCAUCCAGGGUCGUUGCUUGUUGCCGUCUUUAGAAAUAUGCUGAGAGUUCGAAAAAACAGAUAGAAGUUAAGGCGAUUUUAUGCAUAUUCUCAUAUACCGUUCUGAAUCAUAUUUCGCACGCUCAAGGCAUUUGAUGUAGAAAACAGAUCUAAACCUAGUGGAGGCGAUCUGGCGUAAUGGUAAAAUCCGUACCUCUCACGCUCAAGAUCACGAGUUCAAUUCUCACUCCCGAUAUUCUUCCAAAAAUUGAAGCAAAAGUAACGAAUUAGCCAAAAGUGUUGAAAAUCACUAUAAUACAGAAAAAAAAGAUCUAAACUUUGUGCCCAAGUAACUAUUUGGUUAAUAUUUUUACUAAAUUAGUUUAAAAAGCUUAUAAGCUUUCUACUCUGGUGUUGAUUAAAACAUCAACAAUUAUUGAAUAAAAAUGUUUCGAAUUGAAGCGAAUAAUAAUCAAAUUUCGGACACUCUGUUUGCAUAAAUAUUUCUUGUGGUUUUGAGCUCAACUUGCAUUUCUGUAAAAUUACCAAUGCAAUAAAAUGAUCAAACAUGAGAAAAAUGAAGUGUUCGGAUAUUUUGGUUAUUGUUUAAGGUAUAUUUGAAGAUGAUUUUUCCAUUUUUUGAGUGAACGAAUAAUCGGUACUUUGAUGGUGGUACCGGUUCUGAAGCAAUGGCGUGUCGCAGAACGAAUUCCUAUAGAGGUUUUUAAAAAUUCGAGAAAAUUCCAAAAUGGCUAAAUCGGUCGAUUAAUUCCUAAGAUAUCGAUACCACCAGCUGAAAAAACAUGGUUUUGAGAAAAACGCGUUCAAAAAUUCGUGUAACAAUACUAUAUCCCUUAAGGUGAUAUCAUACUUUCAACUGUGACAUUUCAACGAAAUCGAAUAUCGAAAAAUCGUUUUAGGACAAAAUAUGUGAGGGCAUAAGCUUCCUAAAAAUGCAAAAAAAAAAAAGAAAAUUCGAUUUUUUCGACCUUCCUGACCGGGGUCUCUUCUUAACCGCAGUAGAGCCUGUUUUGAUUUUCAUCUGUUUCGUUCGUCCCUCAAAAAUAUAUUCUAUUACUAUGUCUAUUGACAUUAGUUAAAAUAUUACUAGCAUAUAUUUGUAUAUCUCAAAUGCGCUCCCAUCCAUCCGCUUCCAUCCGCCCACAUCCGCUUUGCAUGUUGGCCAACACUGAUUCUGAGGAUGUCCUGAGGAUUUUGGAUUUUGGGUUGCAGCAGUACGGAUAGAUGAUCCUGCUCGAGUGGCAUCCAAAGCGUCUUCGACUUUGUCCUUGUAUGUACGCUUCGCAUCCAUAAUAAACCUGAAAACACACAUUGUAGUAUCACCAAUUUUAAUUGUCCGAAAUAUGAAUCGUAGGAAAAAAAUUCGAAUCAAAUUUAGGGCAUUUGAUUUUAUAUUUUUUUGGAGAAAAAUUACAAUAUACUUCAUUAUGUGUUAUAAUCAACUGUGAAACACUUACCAAGCAAUAACAGUUAACUGAUAACGAUGAAGAUCAGGGAUGAAACACGAGAGAAAUUGAACUAUUAAUAAACGGUUAUAUUCUACCUGCUCACGCUAAGCGAACGUCAAAAACGAACAAUGGGUAAUGCUGUUAGAUUUGGGACUACUAUGUUAUAAUUUAAAAGUAAAUCUAAUAUAAAAUGAUAGUGAAACCAAGGGGAUAAUCUAAAGAAUCAAUUGUGAUAUUAAUUUCACAGUUAUAUCAUCAGGGCAUGAGGCAUUUCGAGAUAUUAUUACAAAGUGUCCGAAAUAUGAUGCUGUCCGAAACAUGAUUCAGAAUGGUACAUAUUUUUAGAUUGUGGUUGCUGGCUCUAUUAAUGUGGUCAAAAAGAAGAUUUUUCUGUGAACUAAAAUCGACUUCUAAACACCGUUCAUACCCCUAUCAACGAAAUUUCCAUAUACAGGCUUAUCAGCAAGCGCAAAAUGCGAUUACAAUUCUCAAGAAAACGAUUUUAAUGUAAGCCUCAACAACAAGUAAAGUUUCAACUUUGAAUUCCGUAAAAAUGUUUGUUGACGGAAUUUAAAAGAACAGAUUUCACUCUAUGUAAUAUGUGAUUUUCAAAAUCAUGUUAUUUUUUGUGUUUGAGUAAAUUGAAAUUGAAAUCAUGAGUUUUUGGGUAAAAAAAACAUCAAUAACUUUGAGUAGGAUUAAGAUAUUGACAAGUUCUACAUCGCAAAAUAUUGGUAUUGAUGAGCUCUAAAAGUUGUACGAAGACCAUUUUGAUGUAGAAUUUUCAAUAUAAAAGUUAGAGUAAAAAAACCCGUUUUUUCAUAGUUACCCUAAUACAACUCAGAUAAAAAGCGCUAAAAUAACUUUGUGGGAGAUAUUUAUUGUUUAGACAAAAACUGUCUUAGACAAAGUUGUUACAUAUGAUAGAGCGCUCAUUUUUAUGUUAUCAAAAAUAGGGUGACCAAAAUGUUCGAUAAAAUGAAAAAUCUAACUUUCUUAUCUUUAUAGAUAGAGAUAAACAUAGUUCAACAAUGUAGUAGCCCCAGUUAUUUUAAACAACUUUGUAGAACAAAGCUUUUUUCUAUCUUUAAAAUAAUCGAUUUAGCGCUUUUUUCUAAGUUGCAUUAGGGUGACCAUAAAAAACGUGUUUUUUCUGCUUUAACUUUGAUAUUUGAAAUUCUACAUUAAAACUGUCUUCGUACGACUUUUAGAGCUUUUCGAUACCAACAUUUUGCAAUGCAGAACUUGUUUAUAUCUUAAUCCUGCUCAAAGUUAUUGAUGGUUUUUUACCCAAAAAUUCAUGAUUUCAAUUUACUCAAACACGAAAAAUAGCAUAGUUUUGUAAAUCACACAUCAUGUAGAGUAAAAUAUGCUCUUUCAAAUGCCGCCAAUAAACUUUGUUUACGUUUGCCCCAGAAGGAAUGACAAACAAUUUAAGAGAGCGUAUUUUUUGGGAAAAAAUAUCAAUAACUUUGAGUGAAGUUGAGAUAUCGACAAGUUCUGCAUCGAAAAAUGUUUGUAUUAGUAAGCUCUAAAAUUCUUUCGAAGACAGUUUGCAUGUAAAAUUUGAAAUAUAAAAGUAAGAGCAAAAAAAACAGUUUUUUUCUUGCUGACCCUACUGUAACUUAUAAAACAGGCGCUAUAUUGGUUAUUUCAAGAAAUAGAGAAAAACUUUGUUCUACAAAGGUGUUUUGAAUAAUUGUAGCUACAAUAUUGUCGAACUAUGUUCACCUCUAUCUCUAAAGAUAAGAAAGUUAGGUUUUUUAUUUCAUCGAAAAUUUUGGUCACCCUAUUUUUGACAACAUAACAACGAGCGCUCUAUCAUAUGUAACAAGUUUGUCUAAGAUAGUUUUUGUCUAGAGAAUAACUGUCGAGCUCUAAAUGCUAAUUUCCACUUAAAUGCAUCUCCUGGACCAUUGUGCAAUGUGGCUACGAAGUUGAACUACAAUUCGACGUUCCUCGCUCUUCACAUAAAAGUUACCACUUUUAAACUAUUUGAACAAACCAAUUCAAACGUUUGUUCAGCACUGUAUGGAAAAAACUUAUGAAAUUCGUCUCAAUUUGCAGAGUGAUAAGCGAUAAAAACUUGCUGGAGUGCUCCAAAUAGAUGACUUUGACAUGAUCUUCAAUGAGAUUUAAUUUGCGUAUAGUCAGAUUCACAUUCAGAAUCCCGGAAAAGUAAUGUAUACAAACUCGUCGCACAGCUAGAGUUCCACGAGGUCGCUAACCGCGAGUCAAGCCACAUAGCACUAGUCCAUGUCGAUUACCUAGAACUUAUUAGAUAAAUGUACUGUUAGAACGCUCGAAACCCCAGCUGAAAAAAAGAAAGAAUAAAUGUAGUGCCCUCUUCAUUCACCCCAUCGACACCUUUCCAAAACACAAAACAAAUCGUGUUACGUGCCUUUGCUAACCUAAGGGGAUGCAAACUCAUAUACUAUAAACCCAUCAUCACCACCAUCGAACUUGUUCGCUUCCAUUUACCCUACGAAAACAGCGAACAAAAUUCCACAUUUAAUUUUCACACCACAAGUUAUUCCGCUUGUCUAAAUGUUUCGAAACCUCCCGACAUUGCAUCGCCAUUCUCGGUGGCAUGUGCAUGAUGAUGAAGAUGAUGCUCAAAGUCCGUCAAUUAGAAUUCACGCCAGCAAAACAUACCAACGCUAAAAUCAACCCCACCCACAACCAAAAACUAUAAAAAAAAAAUCAACAACAAAACUGGCAGCAAAAAAAUAUAAACUUCAAACAAUUCCAUACUUGCACCAAGAGCACAAAAAAUCACAAAACCCCACACCACGCACCCAUCGUAUCGCGCUUUUCAUGGCACACAAUUUAGGGUGACUCAAAACAUGUUUAUAUGUGCAAUAAUUAAAACAAAAUAACAACGCGAGACGAGCGUCCACGAGUGUUCAGCUCGUCAUGGACCACAGCAUCCAUUCCUGCUAGCGACAUAAAAAAAACAAGUGUUUACAAACUACGUACUAGCACUUUUUCGAUGUGUAACAACGGAGCCACCAGCUGACUUCACGAUUCCGGAAUGGGUUUUUCUGCGAUUGAUAUAUAAAAAAAUGAAUCAGUGUACAUUUCUAUCAAUGUGUGGAUGUAUAGGUAAAUAUGGGUGUAUGAUUGUCAUUGCCCAAAAAACAAUGCAACAAACAUCGGUGUGAUUGAACGACAACAACUAAAAUUGUGAUCUAUUCUGUAAGUACGAGGAAACCAACCGCAACACUAAAUGUUAGAUAACACCAAGUAAAAAUUGAACAAAAAACAGAAAAGAACAGGAAAACAAGAGUACUACUGAUUGGAACAACAGAUUUUAGCAAAGUAGAGAAACAAGAGCAGAUGCGAUUAGACUAAUAUAGAUUCAAACGAAUACUGAUUUACUAUUCUCGCCUAAAGGUUCAAACGGUUAGAUACAAUGAGCGUAGCAAGCAAAACAAAGAACUGGGUAAAUUCCAACAACUGAAGAUAUUAUUACUUAUGAGUGUGUGGUAAAUUUUCUACCUAAUGCGCCAUGAUAAGCUGCACACGCACGCCGGAUCAUCUAUUGAUUAGUGGAAUUGUUCUAAGGAGAAGGAGGGAGCCAACAGAGUAUUACUGCAACAGAUUGAGCGACAAAUGGUGUAAAAUAAAGAAGAUAUUUUUUA